UGCUUGUGUGCGCGCGUUCCUGCCUGUAGGUGGCCCCGGCCAAGCCAGCCCCGCCCCAGGAGAAGGCUGGACAUUCGUCCUGCUUGAGGGUGUCUGGGAACUGGGUGUGCCACGGGGACCCUGCCUCCCUCCUCCCUCUCACAUUGCCAAGGAGUCAGCCCCACCGCUGCGGCACCUUGACGGCCCGGGAUCUUCGAGGUGCCAGCCCAUGGCCGAGCCUGCCAUCCUCCCGGCUGCCCAGAUGGAGAGGCUGGCCCCAGCGUCCCUAGCCUCACCGUGUCCUCGGAUCCCGCGGGCUCGCAUUGCCAGGCGCUGCGCCCAGCGCUGGGCCGACCUGGGCUGCAGCUCUGGCCCCUCCUCGGGCCGAAUGAAUCAGCUUCCCCAGAAGAAUCCCCUACGACCAUGCCCUGCUGGCUGUUCCCACUCCUGGAUGUCCUCAGCGGAGAGCUCCAGCAUGGACAGCUUUUGGAUGGAGGUGGAACGGAUCCAACAGAGGGAUGAGCUGAGGGAAGAGGACAGUGGCGGGAAUGAAGGCCAGCUUCCAGAGGAAGGGGAAGCUGAAUCCCAGUGGCUGCAGGACACAGGCCUGUCGGGCCUCCUUGGUGGCCUGGGCUUGGACGGUGAUCACCAGGAGCUCCUGUCCACCCUGACACAGACCCAGGUGGCCGCUGUGUGCCGCCGGCUGGACAUCUAUACUCGCUCACUGCAAAGACGACAAAAGGCACCUGUCAGAGAUGUCAGGGAUGUCUUUGGGGUCUUCAAUUCAGGGAAAAUGUCAUCAGAGAAUGGGGACUCCGGUAUGAAAUGGGCCCAGCUCAGUUCCGGGGCCUCUAAAUCUUUUCCAGCAGCAGAGCCUGGGGGGCUGCUGGAGCGGGCUGGGAGGGAAGAAGCCUUCAACAUGGACUCUGCCUACUCAGAACAAGCUGCGGUGCUCCUGCAGAGGAGCGGCUCAUCACCGGGAGGCGCCUCUGCCUGGGGCAAGCAUUCCCUGCCGAAGUUCACCAUCCCCAAAGGCAGACUUGGUGUGACGAGGAUAGGGGACUUGUCCCUGCAGGAUAUGAGGAAGGUGCCUUCUCUGGCCCUCAUAGAGCUGACCGCGCUGUGUGACAUCCUUGGCUUGGACCUGAAGAGGAGCAAGGCGGGGAAGUGGAAAGCAGCAGAAACUCGCCUCUUUGGCGUGUCCCUUGACAGCCUGCUGGAAGCUGACCACAAAGUCCUCCCCAGCACGCAGGUCCCGCUGGUCCUUCAAGCUCUGCUGUCCUGUUUGGAAAAGAGAGGACUGGACAUGGAAGGCAUUCUCAGGGUGCCCGGGUCCCAGGCCAGGGUCAAGGGGCUGGAACAGAAGCUGGAGAGAGAUUUCUACACUGGCCUUUUUAGCUGGGACGAGGUUCAUCACAAUGACGCCUCCGAUUUGCUCAAAAGGUUCAUCCGGAAGCUGCCAACGCCUUUGCUCACAGCUGAGUACCUCCCGGCCUUCGCCGUGGUGCCCAACAUCCCCGACUUGAAGCAGCGCCUACAGAUUCUUCACCUGCUCAUCCUCAUCCUCCCAGAACCCAACAGAAAUGCCUUGAAGGCACUGCUGGAAUUCCUCAGGAAGGUGGUGGCCCGGGAACAGCACAACAAGAUGACUCUGUGGAAUGUCUCCACUGUGAUGGCCCCUAACCUCUUUCUGCACCAAGGGCGGCCGCCCAAGCUCCCCAAAGGCAAGGAGAAGCAGCUGGCAGAGGGGGCAGCUGAGGUAGUGCAGAUAAUGGUGCACUACCAGGAUCUGCUGUGGACGGUCGCCUCUUUCCUGGUCGCCCAGGUGCGAAAACUGAACGACAGCAGCAGCAGGCGCCCCCAGCUCUGUGACGCAGGCCUCAAGACUUGGCUGCGGAGGAUGCACGCAGACAAGGACAAGGCGGGGGACGGCCUCGAGGCGACUCUCAAGGUGGCAAAGAUCCAGGUGGUCUGGCCUAUCAAGGACCCCUUGAAGGUGCCUCUCACCCCCAGCACCAAAGUGGCCCACGUCCUGAGGCAGUUCACAGAGCGCCUCAGCCCUGGUUCCAAGGGUCAAGAAGGCAGUGAGGACAUGGACAGCCUCCUUCUACAGUCCAUGGAGUCAGCCGGCAUCCUCCUCUAUGAAGUUGGAGGGAAUAUCAAUGAGCAUCGCCUGGACCCAGAUGCCUACCUCUUAGAUCUGUACCGUGCCAACCCACAUGGCGAGUGGGUCCUUAAACAGAGCCCCACCUAAACCCUGCGACUCUCAGGAGCAGCCGGGAUGCCUCCUCCUCUCCCCUGCUGGCUCUGACUCCAUGUACCCAGCAUGAGAACAGAGCUAUUUCAAGGGGAAGGUCUGAGUCUUCUUCCAAGGCAUCCUUCUCUGAAAUGCUUCUCAGACCCUUCAGAAAUGGACUCGAAGCUAGUGCGGUCUGCACUCAGAGGGGCUAGGGCCUCAGGGAGGGGAAG